AUGGAAUCCUUCGAUGUAGAAGCUCUCUACACAAAUGUCAGCAAUGGGUCUGCUAUGAAAGCCGUAUUUGAGCUUCUUAGUCAGCACCAGAACGAAAUUGGUAUGCGAGGGCUGUCUAUAUCCCAGCUGAUGACACUUGUGAAGGAGUGCCUCAGUUGUAACAUUUUCAAGUGGUCGGUAAGGUAUUUAGCACAGACUAGAGGCUUGGCUAUGGGGCAGCGAUUGGCGCCUGUGUUGGCCAUAUCAUUUAUGGCUAAGAUUGAAGCGCCUGUACUGGAAUAUAUGCCCUUACUUUACUGCAGGUAUAUCGAUGAUUGCUUCAUAGUCUGUGCGACACAGGAAGAAGUGGAUGUGUGUUUCGGCCUACUAAAUUCACAAUCAGAGCACAUUAAGUUGACACGGGAGAAACCGACCGAAAACUGGCUUCCGUUCUUGAACGUUCAAGUGAGGUUACAUGGCGAUAUGAUUGUUACGAAGUGGUAUAGAAAGCCGAGCAAUAAGAAUAUNAUUGUCCAUUAUCACUCAGCUCAUCCUUUUUAUGUAAAACGAGCGGUUGUUAGGAAUAUGUUCCGCACUGCUAAGAAAGUCUGCAGUGGAGAGGAUGAGCAAAAAGAGUCGCUCAAAAUGGCACGCGAUAUAGCUUGGUCGAAUGGCUACUAUAAUUUCCCAAAUUCACGUAGAACUUCUUCUGGCGGUGUGAUCCUCAGACAUGGUAGUACCUCGAUCGAAGGAAAAAUUCCUUUUGUACUACCAUUUAUUUCUGAUGAGGUCAGUGCCUCCAUUAGAAAGUGUCUAAAAAGAUCGGGUUUGGAAAAUUUAGUUGCCAUUGCAAAUGUACCACCCUUCAAUCUGAAGAAGCGCCUGGUUCGAAACAGGCUAUACGAUCGCCUAUGUACAAUCUCGAACUGUGUGGUCUGUCCAGCUGGAAGGGAAGGUGAUUGUAACAUGACUGGGGUGGUCUACAAAAUUACUUGCCGUGAUUGUGGUGAUGAGUAUAUUGGCGAGACGGCAAGACCACUCAACGUGAGGGUUAAGGUGCACAUGGAUGGUAUGAGACGAUUGAAAGAGUCUACUGCCUUAGGGAGUCACCGAAUGCGAAAGCACAAUGGAGGCGGUUUCGAAGUUACCGUGGAGGUCGUAGCACAGGAGUCGGAAUUGUGCGCGCGCAAAACCCUCGAGGCAUUUUGGAUACAAGUCACUGAUCCAAAAAUGAAUCGUAGGGAAGAAUGUCUCGCAAUUACGCGGGAGCUGCGGCCUUAUAUAAGAUUGGCCUUCCCGCAGUGA